AUGGGUCUUUGGUCCGUCAGCGUCCCUCGGCUCUUCCAGAGGAUUGAAGCCAGAGUAACUAGUAGCCUGCAGGGAAAGUCGUUCGUGGCGCGAUCCCUUUUCAACCAAGCCCUGGCCGCGAAAAUUCGACGUCUGCGAAGCUCAGGCAUACCUCAGCAUCCGUUCUGGGACAAGGUUGUGUUUGACAAGUUCAAGAAUCUCAUGGGCGGUCGCGUGCGUAUUAUGCUAACGGGCUCUGCUCCUCUUGACCCCCACACUCUUGAGAGGAUGAGAGCAUUUUUCUGCUGCUGGAUUGUUGAAGGUUAUGGCAUGACGGAAACAAUGGGCGCUUCCUUUCUUACAUGGAAUGUGUACGACAACAAUCCAGGGCAGAUAGGUGGAGUAUUGCCGUCUUUGGAAUUUUGUCUAUUGGACGUCAGCGAAACUAUGAACAAGUAUUCCAUAAAAGAUGAAAUUCCGAAGGGGGAACUUUGCGUCAGGGGCUCUACGGUCUCGGCUGGGUAUUUUCGCAAUGCGCAAGAGACGCGAGCCGCUAUAGACCAAGACGGGUGGCUGCACACUGGGGACAUAGCUGCGCUUUUGCCCAACGGGGGAGUGCAAAUUAUAGAUAGGAAGAAGAACAUUUUCAAGCUUGCUCAGGGAGAAUAUGUUGCCCCUGAAAAGGUGGAGACAGUGUAUAUGCAAAGCCGAUUCGUGGCGCAGUGUUUUGUCUUCGGAUUUUCUUCAGAGACCUCUCUCGUCGCAAUUGUCGUGCCAGACCAGGAGCAGACGCUGCGUUGGCUGCAAGAGGUGCGUGGAGCUGAUGUUGCUGACUCUCGGCCUUUUGAAGAGUGGGUAAAAGACCCUGCAGUGCAGAAGGCUGUCUACGACGACAUGCAACAGGUUGGAAAGGUGCAGGGCCUGAAGGGAUUUGAGCUUGCCAGAAAAAUACACCUCCACUCUGAACAAUUCACGGUUGAAAACGGCUUGUUGACGCCUACUUUCAAACUCAAGCGUCACUAUGCACAAGAGGUUAGUGACUUCCACGUCAGGGAGGUGGGGGACAUUGAUACAACGACUGGCAUAUGUAGGGGUAUUUGUGGCACAGCCAGCAAGCGCUUGGUCUCUGACCUGCGCCUUUUGGGGAACAUGAAGGCUGAAAACACAGCACAGAAGUGGUUAACAGUUUUGUUGGAUGUUUGGCGGCCUCCACAGGAGCCGAGCGCUGGAGUUUUCUGCGAAGAGAUAAGGACGAUGUACGACGAAAUACAUAAGGAACAAGGCGCAUGA